CAUGCCCUCAAUGUUGUUUGUAUGGACCUCCCGUCGUUGGAUCAAAGAAAUGACGUUUAUACACCACUACAUGAUGCACAAAACCAAGUCUGGAGAGGCAUCUAUACGCUCUCCAAACAUCGGUAUAGCCGCAGCUAAUGUUACUGGAGACUUUAUGAUCCAAUUUGCAACGAUUAUCAUGGUUUGUCUUAGCCUUAGCCGUGACCGGGUAAAAAAAGUGCCAGUUCGAGCAGACUUUUUUCUACAACAUAUAGUACAACGAAAUACAAUGUCAUCGCGGCAGUCUGCACAUCGUGCUGCGGUCAUUUAAUUGCCGCAGUCACAGACACAGGAACUUCCUAAUAGUCCCAUCUGCUGUAGUCUCUCAACGAUCACCUAUUCUCUAAAAUCUGCUGUAAAACGAUCGAAUGUGAGCAUCCCGCACUGAACUUAGCGCCAUGACCUUGAAAUUCCUUAAACGCUUCUGAUUGGC